CAGCGCCUCACAAAUGGUGCUUCAACAAUCAUCAGGAUCCCGGCAUGACUCCAAGACCGCCCUUACACGACAACCACAACAAAGAACGCCCAUCUUGACGACCAUUCCUGCAUUGUUAUGUGUUUAUUGUGACAUAAAUUAUUCCUGCAGGCUAUUGUCACCACAUGGAGCGAACAAGGCAACAUCCUCCCAAGUCCCUCUUUGUCCGCCCAGUUGACAGCUUGAACCAGCUCAGGGAAUCAUAUAAGUCCCUUCAUCGACAAGAUUCUUUAUCUCUACCCGGAAUGUCCUCCUUCCUCACCACGAAGAACUCCAGAUCUUUCUCUUUGACAUUUCCUUUUGGCUAUCAACUCGACCUCAAGACUAAUGUUGACGGCAUGCUUUCUGUCAAAUUCGGUAACCCACAAAGUAGCGAUGCUGGGUCUCUCGGUGCCUUGGGUAGUUCUACCGAGACGAUUGACAACCUGGAGGCAGCUAUCAUCGACCGGCUUCCCAGCAUGUAUGACAGCGAAAUUGUAUGUCCCUUUCUUUUAUGAGUGGCUCUUCGACGUGUUGACCCUCAUCCUACAGACGGAUAGUACUGAGCCCAUAGCAAGAACCCCAUCUCCAGUUCCGACGGAAGUUAUCGAACCUGACCCCGAAGACAUCGCCCAGACACUCAAGAGGAACGGCAUCAAAAUGCGCGAUUAUGCCUAUGAGGCUACUAUUAAGCCUGUGGCAGAGACUUUUGAUGCUCUCAUCGGUAUAUCGGAAUACGAGCAUCGUUUGAAGAAUACACAUCCUACACGACCUCACAUCAAUGGGAAGACUCUCCACCGCCUGCUCGAAACUGGAUAUAUUUCGCUUGAGGAAGCAACGACGAGAUGCCACUCCCAGGAUAUGUCGGCGUUGGCGGAAUACCGUGCUAGCCCGAAUGCGUCCUACCCGUGGCGGGCGUUGCCUUUGAAGGAGGAGCAUGAAGUGAAGUCUUGGUCCGUAGAGGAGCGACAGACAUGGGUGGCCAAGUCUCAGGUAGCACUGGCAGCAAUAGCGUCUCUACGCUGUUACGAUCGGUGUGUUGCACGCGAGCGCGCUAGGUUGGAGAGUGAGGAAAAGGACAGGCAGAUAAUCGAGGAAGCCAUGCGGCUCUACCGGGAGAGAGAAAGUGCAGAAAUAGGGGCGAUGAAUAAGAGAGCCCUAGAUGACCCCGAAAAGGAGCUUAGUCCUGGCAAGAAGCAGAAAGUUGCUCAUGACCUACCCGUUGCAUUGCCAUCAUCGACGACGGCAGCCUCAGUACAUGCGCAGCCAAGUCCGACUCCACUCCCGUCCGCCCCUGACAUGGCGGCGCCCGCGCCACUCGUCGCCUCUCAUCGCCGUAUAGGCAGCACCACAACACCGUCGGGCAUUGAACCUAGUGGCCCGGUGAGGCCUAAUUCUUCAACAUCACUCCUUGUAGCCCGGCCAGCCGCCGAGGGCUUGGUAGGACGGCGACUUUAGCCAACCUCGAUUCAUGACUCCUCUGGGCGUCUAGUGUUCUAUCGAGCCGACCUUCUCCUUACUGCCGUUCCUUUGUCAGGCAAUUACGAGUCACGGAUAUGCGGACUUUUUCAGAUGAACGAUACCGCCAGGUUGUAGGUCAAAGAUGUUUAACGUAAAUGUAUCAGUAUCCAUGGGGUCGUCUGUGUAACUGUAGCCCUAGUAUUGCUAAUCGGAUAAUUCACCAUGCUUGCCGUGGGUAGCACAGAGUUGCUCCCUGAGUAUCGCGCUUUGAUCCUGUUCACUUAGGUCGGAAACGAGGAUGC